AUGUCGAGCGGCAUCGGAAGCAACACCCCGCGAAGCUCGGAUGAUGAACUCGAAGAAGGCGAGAUACGAGACACUCCCUCUCCCGGCGAUGAUCGCCGAGUGCCCGACGAACCCGGAAAAGGAGAAACGGCGCACGGCGAUGCUUCCUCUCCCGAUGAUCGUGAAGGUUGCUCUGGACAAGUCGAGACUGGCGGCAGCAAACCGAACACAAUGAGUUUCGAUAUACUAACGAUUGCCGCGACUGCUUCGCGGGAAGAAGCGCGCCGCUCUCAAGAAUCGUCCGCGGCGGCUUCGUCUUCGUCCGAAAACCCUAGUGCUCUUCGUGAGAGAGUCCGGAGAUCUUUCUUCCCGGGUGUCGCCACCGGCGACAUGAUUGGGGGGUGCGAAAUGGUUCUCCUCAUCGAGAAGCCGCUCGACAUUGUGGACGUGAGCCCACCCGCGCGCCGGCUCACGCUGCCCAAGGCGCAACUCCUGGCCAAGUUUCUCAGGAAGGCCGAGAAGGAAGCGCUCAAGACGCGGGACGAGAACGGGGCGCCAACGGAGAUGAAGGUCUUGCUGCUGGGGCCGUCGGGCGAGACUUGCCACUUGGGCCUGAUAAGGUUGGAUCUGAAGAGCAAGGGCGAGACGGUGUACCACUUGGUAGGGCAAGGAUGGGUCGACAUCGUGGCGAGGAACGGAUUGAUAAAGGAUCAAGUCAUCCGGCUGUACUCGUGUCGGAUCGCGUCGAGUCUUUGUUUCGCACUCGUGCUCCCUUGA